UCUAUUUUGAAACACAGAAAAGCAUUUUCAUCCUUGCAACUCUUCACUUUGGAUAGAAUCUGAACGACCGGAACGAUCUACCGGAAGCGCACGGGCAGCAAUAAACCGAAGCAGGUUAGGUUUUUCAACUGGGUUCUUAACGUGCUCGCAAAACGCACCAUGGUUACGAUCGGAGAGGCAUUUACGCCGGUCGAUGGAAUCCUCUAUUCCGCGUCGGAGGUAAUGCUUAAAAUCGGCAGCACCCUAAUUGAGGCGCCGGGUAUGUUGCAUCUAACGGAAAGUUCGUGUAUCUGGAGCUGCGCGGAGCGGAACAGCAGCAUCUCCAUUCCAUGGCCAAGGGUGGGAGUGCAAGCCAUUUCCUCCGCUCCGGUUCAAGGAAUCUACGUAAUGCUGGACAUAAAUCUCGUGUGGCCCGGAUUCUACCAGGGCCCUCCGGAGAACAACGGAAAUGCCCAUCUGGAAGAUGAGGAGGGCGAAAACGACGAAGGCCACGAAUCGGACGCCUCGGAGGCGGCAAUGACAGAGAUUUGGUUUUUGCCCAGCAGUAGUCAAAUCUUGGACGAAAUUUACGUUGCCAUGCGCGAAUGCCAGAGCCUGAAUCCGGGUUCGGACGUCAGCGAAGACGAGGAUUACAUGGAAGCCGAGGUGGAUGAUUUGCCGGAAGUUGGCGAAAUGCGAAACUUACAGUUGGACGAUGAUGAUAAAUUCGCGGACGCCGAAGAGUGAAUGAAUCGCGCAGCUGCUGAGAUGAUGUACAUUUUAAGUAAACUUAAGAAGUUAACGGAAGCGGAUAAGAACGAAGAAUUGAGGAGAGAAAAAGAAAGCGCGCGGCCGGAAAGCAUGGAAAGGAGAACGGGACGUCAGUCGGUAGGGGUCGCCAAAAAUUCCAAUGUAAUUCGAAAACCGGCCCUUCGCACCGCCAUUUGGAAUUACGCCACAACUCGUCUACACACGCAUUUAACUGCGCUCAGAGAUGCUCUGGAGCUCAUUAGGAGUACGAAUUUGCUAAAAGUGUUGGCCGCAAGUUGAACUAAAAUAACAAGAGAAAAUUAAAAUGGAAUGAAAUCGUAUUGGAAU